AUGCGCGUUGUGCCCGUCCCUGUCCGCCAAGAUAAUUAUGCCUACAUCCUCAUGUCGACACCACUGACUUCGCGUCCCAAGGCGGUAUUUGUUGAUCCAUAUGACGUGCCGGCCGUGCGCCAGGCGGCACAAAAGCUCGGACUUGAUGAUGCUGAUAUUGUAGGGUCUAUCACGACACAUGGCCACUACGAUCAUGCUGGCGGAAACGAUGCAUUUGCCAAGGCAUAUCCUAAUCGGCCGGUGUGGGGCGGUUCGGCAGACAUCCCCAGUGUAACUCAAGUUGUUCGCCAUGGCGACGAAUUUGUCCUAUUUGAUGAUGCACGCGUCAAAGUUAAAGGAUAUGCCACACCAUGCCAUACGCGCGAUAGUAUUUGUUUCUACGUGGAAGAUGAGCGGUCGAUCGAGGAGCUGGCUAAGACCCCGAAUGGACUCCAAGAGGGAGAAAAGGGAGAAAAGAAGCGCGGUGUAUUUACUGGGGAUACGCUAUUUAUUUCAGGCUGUGGACGUUUCUUUGAGGGCGAUGCGAAAGACAUGCAUCAUGCUCUGAACGUUGUGCUGAGAGAAUUGCCCCCUGACACGCUUGUGUAUUGUGGACACGAAUACACGGCUUCGAAUGCAGCAUUCAGUGCAGCUGUGCUUCCAAAUAAUCCGGGUGUGGAGCGGCUCGUCUCAGAUUUGCGUGCUGGCCGAAAUGGCGGAGUUACCACAGGCAUUUAUACCCUGCAUGAGGAGCGACUGCAUAAUCCCUUCAUGAUGGUCGAAGAAACUGAUGUGCAGCACGCGAUUGGCCGUCGGGACGCCAUUCAGGCUAUGCAGGAGCUGCGCGAGGCUAAAAACCAAGGUCGACUGCGCAUCACUAUAUAG